CCCGAGCAACGAGAUUAAUCAACCCUGGGUUUUGUGUGUGUACACUGCACUUUCUACACUCAAAACAGAAGAUAUUUAUUUUUCCUGAAUUUCUUUGUGAAUAUUCUUCCAAGAAUCUACAGGAUCAAGAUCUGAGUCCUUAACAUGGAUUAAAACUAUAUCUAGAGAUGCCGAGUGCUCAAUCUGCAUCUGCCCCUCGAGGCGGAUCUUCAGCUCCUAGAGGAGGUGGAGCAGCUGCUCAGCCGAAACGGCGGAGACGAAUACGAGACAGCAGCGAGGUCUCCUGCUGCCUCAAAUACGUUAUUUUUAGCUUCAAUGUUAUAUUCUGGCUGCUCGGUCUUGGAAUUCUUGCAAUAGGAGUUUGGGCUUGGACUGAAAAAGAUACUUUUAAUAAUCUCUCCAAGUUGACUAACAUAGCCUUGGACCCAGCUUUUAUAUUCAUUUGGGCAGGAGCCGUCACAUUUAUCAUUGGGUUUACAGGAUGUGUUGGAGCUCUGAGAGAAAAUACUGCUCUAUUAGCUGCCUACGCAAUAUUUCUUGCUAUCCUUCUACUGCUUGAGAUGACCUGUGGAAUUCUAGGAUUUAUAUUCAAGGAUUGGAUCAAGGCACAGGCUACCAAUGGAUUCCAAGCUUUUAUUGUUCAUUAUAGAGACGAUCCAGACCAGCAGAAUCUAAUUGACUGGAUACAGGAGGGAUGGUUAGAAUGUUGUGGUAUAGAGGGUCCACAGGAUUGGGAUAAAAAUAUUUACUUCAACUGCUCAAGUGCUGCGGUUGGUUCGAGAGAGGCAUGUGGGGUCCCCUUCAGCUGCUGUAAACCAAAGGACGAGGAACUGAUUAAAAACAAACAAUGUGGGUAUGAUGUCAGAAAACCAGAUUAUUCUGGAGAUUACAGUCUUGUAAUCUAUGAUGGUGGCUGCCUGCGUGCUGGCGAGGAAUGGGUUGAACGUAACUUAGUUCCCGUGGCAGCUGUUACCGUGGCAGUAAGUGUACUGCAGAGUGAAGAGGUCCAAAAGAUAAUCAACGAGAAAGGUUGUUUGAUGGCCGGCGAGGAAUGGUUGGAGAACAACCUGCUCACCGUUGCAGGUGUAGCCGUCGGCGUCGCUUUUCUUCAGAUUCUGGGGAUUUGUUUUGCCCAGAACCUGCGUGCAGAUAUAUUUGCACAGAAAGCAAAGUGGGGAUGACGGCGUGGGGGCCCCGUCACAGUUUAGAAUUCCUGUAAGUGACCUGGGUCCUAAAUGAAUCUACAUUCUUCAGCAUAAUUUUUAAACUUCUCACAUUGUUCGCGCAUUUUUCAGUACUAAAGUUAAAAAGGGUCAAGACUCGUGUACAUUUUUCCAUUCAUUGGUAAGUCGGCUGCACUAAACUUUGUCAAAAUGUCAACUGCCAAUGACAAUGUCAUAUUUACAACAGUUAACCGUGACAAUGUCAAUUUCUAUAACUAAUAAUACUGACAAUGUCUACAUGUAAAAAAGAUUUCUAAAAAUAAUGACAAAUUCUACAACCAAUGGCAACAACAAUGUCUACAACCAAUGGCAACGGCAAUAUCUGCAGCCAAUUAUAAUGUCUUCGUUUUCAACCAAUCCAAUGGCAAUGGCAAUGUAUGUAGCCUAUCUAAUGGCAAUGACAAUGUCAAUACCUACAAAAACUUUUUAAAUUAAUUGUAUUGCAUUUGUGUAUUAUUUUCAUAUUUUAGUACCUCGUACAUACAUUUAAAAAUGUUAAUAACGCCUAGAACGGUUUAAAUGGACUUUUUAAACCCCAUUUAGAUUUUAGAUUUUUUAAUGUGACUCAUUUAUUGGGAAGAAAAUCGGAAAUUAAAAGAACCAUUAUAAAUCAACGAUUCGUAAAAAUGUCAAUGGACCUAAGUUCAAAUAAUUCUCCUUUUUUACUAUCAUGGGUGUGACUUAACCCUAUCCCUGCUGGGCAGGACUAGGGUUAAGCAUGAAAAUAUAUGGACAAAUAAAAAAUGACAGGUCUUCUUUAUGAGAUAAGAUCGUUGUACGAUGCCAACCUCAAAAUAGAUUGCGUCAUUAAAACUGCCAUUUUAUUGCUAUUUUUUAGAAACCGUAAUUUUUUAUUUUGAUACUGGGUAUUGCCGUAUACACAAGGAAAGAUUUUUUUCAGUUGGAAUCGUACAACAAAUAUUAUUAACAUUUAAAACUCAUUUUCAGUAAAACUCAUUUCCCGGUUUAAGCUUAGUCUAUGUAAAGUAAUACUAGAGGUAUUUAUUUCCAAAACAGUGAAUAAUUUCGUUUAAGAAAGGUUCGCGCGAAGCACUAAAAAAAGUUAAAAUUUCGGGGGGAAAUUUGUAUCGUGUAUCGAUUAUUUUUUCCCCAAAGCUUAAUAUUGAAAACAUAUACCCCAUUAGUACUAUUCAAGUCAAUCUAGCUAUAAAUAUUUCACAUUCUUUCUGUAAACUUAAUCUCUUUUUACUAUAUAGUAUUUAAUACUCGCCUGUAUGUGUAGUCAUAGUAUUAACCUAGUAUUUUAACAUUACUGCUCAAUUUAGGUUACAAAGUAAAUUUGCAUUUAAAAAAAUAGAUUUUUUAUUUUGGUUUAUUUUUCACCAUUUUUAUGUUUACACAAUUUAAGAAAUGUACUUUUCCUUCCCCCCCCCCCCCCACACUAGUUCACCUUUGUGAUUUUGUGUAUUCUAACUAUAAUAAUUAUAUCCUUUUUAUUGUAACAUAGCAUUUUUUUUGAAUAUAUUAAUUCAUAUUUAAAUUUGAUCCUAAUAUAAAAAUUGUGAUGUAUGUUAUGAAUGUCUGUCACACUUUUGUUUAAUGUUUAUAUUCAACAUUGACAUUUGCUUCAUAAGCAGAAUGUUUUAGAAAAUAUUAAAGUUGACCCUGUUCAUUUAGAAAAUUAUUAGUUUUAAGAUUUAAGAAGAAAUAGUUUAGUUAAUAUCUGAACUUGGUGGAUGCGAAGCUCCCUGAAAGCCUAUUUACUUGAAUAGAAGCAUUGAUAGUACAAUAUACUUUAAAAACUGUGAA